AUGUCUUUCCAGCAACGAUGGAGCCAUCGCGCAAAUCACACAAUCAGCAGACAAAACUCACUCCCUGCUGCGUAUUAUCGCGGAGGCACUUCUCGGGCCGUCUUUUUCAAGGAGCAGGAUCUGCCCGCAAAUAGAGACGACUGGGUAAAGCCAUUUCUAGGCGUGAUAGGGAGCCCCGACUCGUAUGGAAGACAGCUAGAUGGCAUGGGAGGGGGGAUCUCGAGUCUCUCCAAAGUCUGUGUCGUUGGUCCUUCCCAGCACCCCAACGCAGACGUUGAUUACACCUUUGUUUCUCUGGGUAUCAACAAUCGCCAUGUCGACUACUCUAGCAAUUGUGGAAACAUGUCAUCCGCUGUCGGGCCGUUUGCCGUAGACAGCGGCAUGGUUCAAGUUCCCGAGGGUAUUCACGAGUCCUUUACCGUGCGGAUCCACAAUACAAACACUGGAAAGAUUAUCAACGCCUCUUUCCCAGUCGUGGAUGGAGAGGCCACUCCGUACGGAGACUUUUCAAUUGAUGGGGUAUCGGGAACCGCGGCUCCUAUUCGGCUUGACUUCGUAGAGCCAGCUGGCUCUCGCACUGGAAAGCUGCUGCCCACCGGCAACAUUACAGACACCUUUGACGGAAUCAGUGCUACUUGUAUCGACGUAGCCAACCCGUGCUGUUUUGUUCUGGCAUCUGACCUUGGCGUCAAAGGCGACUUGACACCUCAGGAGAUUGACGAUCAUCCUACGCUCAAGGACACUCUGGAUCGAGUUCGCCGACAGGCGGCCGUCAAUAUGGGCCUUGCAGCAACACCAGAAGAAGCGCCUGGGAGCGUUCCAAAAAUCGCAAUAAUCUCCCCCAAUAAGGAAGCGAAUGGACCUUUGGUUGUUCGUGCCAUGUCGGUCGGCCAACCGCACAAAGCUAUUCCCGUUACCGUGGCGCUUGCCGUGGCGGCGGCGGCAAAGUUGCCAGGUAGCACAGUAGCUGAGUGCAUGAGGCAAGAGGUUGGGGAUACUGGAUUGACGAUUCAACAUGCCAGUGGGUCUAUAGACGUCGACGCAAAAUAUAAUGCAAACGGUGAGAUUGAAGUGGCAAGUGUAUUUCGGACCGCUCGGAGGUUGAUGGAGGGUAGGGUAUUCUGGAAAUAG